CGGCGGCGGCGGCCUCUCGCUGCGGGGAUGGAGGCAACGACGGUGGGGCCCGGCGAGCGCUGGGCGCCGGUGGGAGCCGUGGCCGAGACCCAGGCCGGGGAGGAGGAGCCUGCUGCCGCGGAGGGGGAAGAGGACGCUGCGGCGGAGGCCGAGCCGGGGUCUCCGCGGUCGCUGAGGGCGGAGCGGCGGCGCCUCCACUCGGCGCUCUUGGCGCUGGCCUCGCACUUCGCCCAGGUCCAGUUCCGGCUUCGGCAGGUGGCCCGCGCCGGCCCGGCCCAGCAGCAGCGCCUCCUCCGCGAGCUCGAGGAGUUCGCUUUCCGAGGCUGCCCCGGCUUCGGCUUCGCGGCGGCGGACGGGGUCAGCGGCGACGCCAAGAGUGAACACGAGAAGCAGGAACAGCUAGAAGCACGGAAGGAGAAGCAGCGGGAACUCAUCCUGCAACUCAAGGCCCAACUGGAUGACUUGGAAACAUUUGCUUACCAGGAGGGAAGCUAUGAUGCACUUCCACAGUCCAUGGUUAUGGAGAGACAACGGGUGAUUAUUGAGGAGCUGAUCAAGAAGCUGGACAUGAACUUGAGUGAGGACAUUGCCUCACUGUCCCCAGAGGAGUUGCGUCAGCAGGUGGAUGCUGCUGUGGCACAAAUUGUCAAUCCGGCACGUGUGAAGGAGCAACUGGUGGAGCAGCUGAAAACCCAGAUCCGAGACCUCGAGAUGUUUAUCAAUUUCAUUCAAGAAGAAGUCAGCAGCCCAGGUAAUGCAGAGAAGGGGCACUGUGACUGUUCAGGUGGAAAAGCUGGAAGUGGCAACUGCAAACCGAACACCCGGCAGCCGCAUGGAAGACACCGAGUGAAUCCUGAAGAUGCACAGAGGAUGCGAGAGACGGGGUUACAUCUCAUGCGCCGAAUGCUCGCUGUGCUGCAGAUCUUCGCAGUGAGCCAGUUUGGCUGUGCAACUGGACAAAUCCCACACCAUCUAUGGCAGAGGGACCAGUCUGAGAGGGACUAUUCGCCCUUGGUGAAGAAGUUAGAGAUGGCUGUGGCCCAUGUGAGGCAGCUGGCCCAGAAGUACCAGCUAACAGAGCCAGAACAUGUCAUCAGCUGCUCUGGCUUCCAGGAUGCCUCCUUGGGUGGGCGGGAUGAGCUGACGCUGGCUGUGCGUAAGGAGCUGACAAUAGCUGUGCGGGACUUGCUGGCCCACGGUCUCUACACCCCAUCGGCAGGCAUGAGCUUGGUUCUAGCCCCCAUUGCCUGUUUGCUGCCAGUAAUGAGCUCCUCUCCUCAGGCCAUGCACCCAUGGGAGCUCUUUGUGAAGUAUUACAACUCUAAGAACGGCCGUGCCUUUGUGGAAUCGCCGGCACGCAAACUUUCCGAGUCUUUUGCCCUCCCAGUGAUGGGUGGAGUGCCUGCCACCCCGAAGCAGAGCCUGCUGUCGGCCAUCCACACUGUGCUGUCAGAGCAUGACCCAUUCAAGCGUAGUGCAGACUCAGAGCUGAAGGCUCUGGUGUGCCUGGCCCUCAACAAGCAGCGCCUGGUUUCCUGGCUCAACCUAAUCUGCAAGUCAGGGGCCCUGAUCCAAGCCCACUACCAGCCCUGGAGUUACAUGGCCCAGACAGGCUUUGAGGGGGCCCUCAAUCUCCUUAGCCGCCUUAGUAACCUUCGAUUCAGCCUCCCUGUGGACCUGGCAGUGCGGCAGCUGAAGAACAUCAAGGAUGCCUUUUGAGUGGCUGAAAAGUCUGGAGUCCGGCCUCAGCCACUUUGAGGAAACACUUCUGGCACAGUCCGGCAGGCCACUUUUGUGUGUUCACAAGGGGGGAAAUGCUGCUAGUUGGUAAUGGUAUUGUGUUGCUGAAUUGCUACUGGCUGCCUCCAUUGCAUGCACCAGACCACAUGGAGCUCCUGUUAAUUUGCAGGGUCUUUAUUAUGGUACCUUUCUUGGUGCUGUGCAGAAAACGCCAGUGUGCACAGUUCUUAACUAUUAAAGAUAGGCUGUAGUGGAACCAGUCGGUAGGCUUGGCCAGGAGGGCAAGGGAAUUUCUACAGGGCUAAUAGGAAGCUAUUUAUAUCCUGAGUCCCAUGGAGUCAGGGCUAAUCCACAACAGUAUAGACAAUAGUUUGGCUACAUCACAGAAGACUCCUUUCUUUCCCAAGGAGGUGUAUGUGCCAGGCACACCAUUCCAGGCCUAUAGUUUCAUAUUAUCAUAUAUAAAAUGCACUGGCUAUAUUACCAAAUCUGAGCAGGGUCCUUCCCUGUGUUUGAUGGCCUUAAACUAUUUGACCCUUAUGCUGCAAGGGACCAGUCACUUGCAGGGAGUUUUUCUUCCUAUACAGAUUACUGUGUGUUGGUAAUGGAUCCCUCAUGUGUUUUAUUUGUCAGCAAAUGACCACAACAUGCACCCAGUAUUUACAACUGGCUCACUGGCAAGGUAUUGUGAUGGACAGGUGAACUCUUUACAACUUUUCCCUACUAAGUAUUCAGGUGGUAUGAGAGGUGAUUUCAAGGGAAGUCAGGGAAGAGAAGUGAAGAAAGACAAUGCCUUGAUCACAGAGAGAGGGUUUGGUCUGGGAUCUAGCACCUUGGAGAGUGGGUGGAUGUACCUAUUUUUAUCUCUAGUGGAAAAGUUGUUGAGCUUACCUGUUCAAAUAGCAGUUGCCGCAACUCUCACCUUGAAGGAGCAAGCCAUCAGUUAUGUGUUCUUUACUGGCACACAAAGUCACCUCUAUUUGUUUUUGGAUGGCCAACCCUCAGCUUUUCUUUUGGGAAUUAGAACUUCAUGACCUUGAACCUUUGGGUUCCCAUGUCUGAUCUGUGGCAGUAGUAAGGCUAGGUAGAAUCCUCAUGUGCUGUUCUUCAGUGGAGCAGAACAGUGGUGGAAGAUGCAUCUGGAGAUAUUGAGACCAGGAGUAACUCUUCAGCUUGUGGCUCACCCCUUUGGACUUGGGGCACUGUCCUGAUAGUCUUCAAAAAGGCCAGGUGUGCAUGGUUUGUGAACAAUUCCUAGACCCAGAUUUGCAACAUCUGUAACUCUUACCUGGCUUCUUGUAGACAUCCUGCAUUUGUGAGAUCUGAAGAAGAUUAAGGCAAACUGCACUGUCUUCAAAGCCAAAUCUGACAACAUCCUCAGAGUGUGCAAAGGAGGUUCAGUGGCAAACAGCACUCUUUUGUGUUAGGUGAAGUCUAUGUAUUUUUUGCAAGUAAGUUGGCUUGUGACGUGUGUAUGCUAAAUUGUCCUGCUGAAACUCCUCCGUUUAAUGUAGGAGCUCUUCUAUUUUUACUUGUUGAUUUAUGUGUUGAUGCACUUAAAAAAAUCCUGUCCUCGGUUCCCGGGUAUAUCUAUUUAAUGCUGUUUUUGUUUUGACUACAUUUCAGUGCAAAAGAAAGAAUGUAUUUAUGGAGAAUUGUAUCUGUUGUUAAUAAAUUCAGUCUGUCAUUUUUCUUA